AUGCCGGUGGCCCUGGGCAUUGGUGGCACGGGUGGCGGGGGCGCGGAGUCGAAGGAUUGUGGGACGGCAGUCAGGGAGAAAGAUGCCAAGGCAGUUGAGGCGUUGUAUCACGUGAUGGCGAGCAUCGAGAACAAGCUUGGGGGUGGUGAGGGCGUUGUGGGAGUGUAUGGCAGCAUCACAAGGACUGGGAUACAGGCUGUUGUGCAAUGCCUGGUGGAGACUUGCGGAAUGGAUGAGUACAGCAGAUUGGUGGACAUUGGCGCCGGGCUUGGCAGACCGCUGAUGCAUGCCAUAGUGCACCCCGGUGUGAGGAGCAGCUGGGGAGUGGAGGUGGACAUAAUCAAGUGGGAGAAGGCGCAGGUGUUCAUACAACAGACAAUCGCAACCCUGCAGAAGCGGGGGUUGCUGACAAAGGAUGUUGCGGUGCCCACGGUGGACUGCAUGCCUGUGGAGCAGGUUACAAGCCUUGAGCCUCACACACAUGGUUACUCCUUUUGGGAGGGCAUUCCUUUGGAGGGCAAGCGAGCGUUUGGAAGGCUGUUUGCCCAGGCAGCGACCAUGAGAGCCAUAGCUGUCGUGCAACGAUCGUUCAGAAGAAGAGAUCCUGCUCAUGAAAUGCGCAAGUUGGCUUUUGGUCCCGUCAGGCUCAUGGGUUCAUUUCCUGUGAAGAUGUCAGGCAGCGGGCGUGGUUUCACGGCGUAUGUGUUCCACAAAAAUGCCUACACCCAGCCCUUGCGCCACGUCGCCCCCCCGCCAGCGGAGACAAAGCGGGAGGGGAGAAUCUUCGCAUACCAGCCGCCCGUCAUUCGCAUGCUGAGAGCGAGAAAAGCGAAGGGAGGGGCGUCAGCGUGCGAUGAUGCGAAUGCAGCUCAUGGGCGCCGUGUGCAAAAGGAAGCAAGUCAGGAAGGCGGAGACGGUGGUGGCGCAUGA